GCUCCUGGGGAUGCUUCUGGCUGCUCUUCGCCUCCCUGUGUGAGCUGGCAGAGGAUGGAAGCGACUGGCGUCAGCUGGGCCAAGGACCCUUCACCAGGUGCUGGGAUGUCGGCCCCCUGAAGACGGGAAUUACAAAUGGGCUUGUGAGCGGAGCACACAGCACGGGUCCCUGUGCUGCCAGACCCCUUGGGCCACCACGAGACAGGCAGAGGCUGGCCACAGCAGCUCAUCCUAACUCCUCUGGGAAACCUUGUAUGGAAAAGCUGUCCCUUGCGCCCUGUGGAUGCUGGUCCUGGGCAGCUGUGCCCCAUGCACAGCUGCAGAGCUGCCUGCCUGUGGUGGGGCAGGCAGCAAGCUGCACAUGACCCCGGUUCCUGGAAAGGCUGCAGGCAGCUGAGCUCGGAGCUGUGCGGCCCUGUCCCUGGGGACAAAUGCCAGCUGCCAGACUCUUCUUUGGAGACCCAGGAGCAGCUUGUGAGGCAACAGCACUGACUGUACUCAUGCUAGCAGUGGGUGGUCUGGAAUGCCUGCAGUUGCAGAUGUGACUCUAGCCUGCUGGACGGGAGGGCUUCAGCUGCAGGAUGUGGUGUGCAGCAGGGAUGGGGAUCAUCUGCAGUGACUGGUGAGCCCAAUGCUGCUGGUGUGGACUUUCCUCCUACUCUUCCCCUAAGGAUGCCAGUUACCUGUCCAAAAGCCUCCUAGAGUGCAAUGGCAAAGGGUCUGCAGGGCUUCUCGUGGACCAUGCUGCUGCUGCUGCUCUGUGCCAUCCAGGAGCUGGGGGCCUGGGCCGUGCACACUGCAGCAGAGGGUCCUGGCCUGGGGCAGCCAGGGGACCCCGCACUGCUGGUCAGCGGGCGAGUGAAGCGUGGCUGGGUCUGGAACCAGUUCUUUGUGGUGGAGGAGUACACGGGCACGGAGCCAUUGUACGUGGGGAAGAUCCAUUCAGACUCAGAUGAGGGGGACGGCUCCAUCAAGUACACCAUCUCCGGGGAGGGCGCAGGGACCAUCUUCCUCAUCGAUGAGAUCACAGGUGAUAUCCAUGCCACCGAGCGCCUGGACCGGGAGCAGAAAACCUUCUACACACUGCGGGCUCAGGCCCGCGACCGGCAGACAGACCAGUUGCUGGAGCCCGAGUCCGAGUUCAUCAUCAAGGUGCAGGACAUCAACGACAGCGAGCCGCGCUUCCUGGAGGGGCCCUACAUCGGCAGUGUGGCUGAGCUGUCCCCUGUUGGUGUGAUCCGGACAGCUGUGGCUGACCUGGACCGUGAGACACAGGACCGGUACGAGGUGGUGAUCCGUGCAACAGACAUGGCAGGACAGCUGGGUGGCCUGUCCGGAUCCACCACAGUCACCAUUGUGGUCACUGAUGUCAACGACAACCCACCACGCUUCCCUCAGAAGAUGUAUCAAUUCAGCAUUGUUGAAACUGCCCCUGUGGGCACCGCCAUCGGGAGGGUGAAGGCAGAGGACUCUGACGUCGGGGAGAACACAGAUAUGACGUAUCAGAUGAAGGAUGAAGAAGGGGUGGAGAUGUUCAAAGUCACCACAGACAGCAAUACCCAAGAGGCUGUUAUCACAGUACAGAAGCCUCUUGACUAUGAGUCAAAAAAAGUGCACACCGUCGUGGUGGAGGCCCUGAACAAGUUCGUGGACCCACGUUUUGUGGACCUGGGCACCUUCCGGGACCAGACCAUUGUGCGGGUGUCUGUGCUGGAUGUCGACGAGCCCCCUGAGUUCCGCCCCCCCUCCAACCUGAUGGAGGUCCAGGAGGACGCACAAGUCGGCUCUGUCGUGGGGGUGGUCACUGCCCUUGACCCUGAUACAGCGAACCACCCUGUCCGGUAUGCUAUCGACCGCAGCACAGACACAGAGAGGAUCUUUGACAUCGACGCCAACACAGGUGCCAUUGUGACAGGAAAGGUCCUGGAUCGGGAGACAGCAGGGUGGCACAACAUCACUGUCCUCGCGAUGGAAGCAGAUAAUCAUUCACAGGUGUCAAGGGCCUCUCUGCGCAUCCGUAUCCUGGACGUGAAUGACAACCCGCCUGAACUUGCCACCCCCUAUGAAGCUGCUGUGUGUGAGGAUGCCAAGCCAGGCCAGCUGAUCCAGACUAUUAGUGUUGUGGACCGCGAUGAGCCUCAGGGCGGCCAUCGUUUCUACUUCACACUGCCACCUGAAGCUACCAACAACCACCACUUUUCUCUGCUCGAUAUUAAGGACAAUACGGCUGCGGUGCACACGCAGAGAGUGGGCUUCAAUCGCCAAGAGCAAGAUGUGUACUUGCUGCCCAUUUUGGUGGUGGACAGCGGCCCCCCACCCCUCAGCAGCACGGGAACCCUGACCAUCCGCAUCUGUGGCUGUGACAGCAACGGGGCCAUCCAGUCCUGCAAUAGCACAGCCUAUGCCAUGUCAGCUACGCUGAGCCCAGGCGCCCUCAUCGCUCUGCUGGUGUGUGUCCUCAUCCUGAUCGUGCUGGUCCUUCUGAUCCUCACGCUGAAGCGACACCACAAGAGCCACCUGACAUCUGAGGAUGAUGAGGACAUGAGGGACAAUGUCAUCAAGUACAAUGACGAAGGAGGUGGCGAGCAGGACACGGAGGCCUACGACAUGUCUGCCCUGCGCAGCCUCUAUGACUUCAGUGAGAUCAAAGGCGGUGACGGGGGCGGGGGGCUGGGAGAGGGGGGCCCGAGUGGAAACCCAGCCUCCGAGCGCCAUGCCCUCCCACAGUGGGUGCAGAGCCCGGACCUGGACUUCUCUGUGUUCAGAGACUACAUCUGCAGGAAGGUGGAGCAGGCAGAUGAGGACCUCUCUGUGCCACCCUACGACUCGUUCCAGACCUAUGCCUUCGAGGGCUUGGACUCCCCUGUGCCCUCUCUGAGCUCCAUCAACACCUGGUCCAGCUGCUCAGAGCAGGACUUCUCCUACCUGGGGGGCUGGGGGCCACGUUUCCGGCAGCUGGCAGCGCUCUACGCAGGGCGCCGUGGGGAGGAGGAUAGCGAGGAGUCCUAGCCAUGCCAGCCAAAGCCCACGAGGCUCCGGGCGCUUCCAGGGCCAGGACUCUGGCCAUGGCAGGGUCCAAGCGUGGGGGACGGUGGGUGCGGGUGGUGGCUGCCGGGGGGCUGUGCCGCGGGGGUGGGCCUGAGCUGGGAGUUCCCCGCAGCUGCCUCCUGGUCAGGACUGUGUUGCACCCGCACGGCCAGGCUGGCAUGCCCGUAGGAGCUGCUGGGGCCAUCGUAAUCUCCUUAAUGCUGAUCUCUGUUAAAGCACUGCGCAUUAAUUUAAGAAAGAGAAAAAUCUAAUUCAAGAGAGAUUGGAGGGGUUUCUCUCCCACAGAUUAUCAUUUAAAUAGAUCUGUUCAGUGAGCCCAGUUCAGGAUAGGAAGAGCAAACCGGGAGCCUUUUGUUGUCUAAAUUGUUUUUGUCACUUGAGUCAGAGCAUUUGAAGUGCUUUGAUUUCUUUAAGAACUUUCCUUGCAGAGGGAAAUAAGCUUUUAACUUCUGUUCUGC